AUGAGAAAGCUGCGUCCACAUCAUCUGACACCCUGCCUGCUUAGCGUCGGGCUGUUCUGCAGUCCGGCGAUCCUCGCCGGCGAGAACUUCAGCGAGCUGUUCACCGAUGCCAAGCCGAAUCUGGAUCUGCGCUAUCGCUACGAGCACAUCGACCAGGACAACGCGCUGAAACAUGCCAAUGCGCAGACGCUGCGCACCCGCAUCGGCUUCCAGACCGGUCAGUGGUACGGCCUGUCCGCACUGGUCGAGGCCGACAACGUCAGCCGCCUGGGCGACGCGGCCUACAACAGCACGCGCAACGGCCAGACCGACUAUUCGACCGUUCCGGACCCCGACGGCAGCGAGAUCAAUCAGGCGCUGCUGCGGUACGACCAUGCACUCGGCAUGCUGUGGUCGGGCGGCAGCGGAUCAUCUGGACAUCACGCUUCGUUGGUG